GCUUGUGACCCACCAUUCCCGGGGACAUCAGAGGUGGGAGAGGCUGCUCUGCUCAGAUAUUUAAGCAGGUAAGCAACUCGGCGGAGGCAGUCUGUCGGUGUCCUUGGUAGGAUCUUCAUCAUCAUGGGACUGAUCACACUGCUAGCGUGGGCGUUGCUGGGCUUGGUAGCGGGCGCCGCAGCAGAACCCGCCGGGCGCCACGUCGUGUACCUGAGCCAGAACAACUACCCGUCGCUGCUGUACAUCAACGCCGCCCAUGGCACGACCGCCAUGGACACGCGGGCCGACACUUCCGACAUCAUCCAGCUGAUCCUCCACCCGUCCAACCCGGAAGCCAAACAGACACGCCGUGCAACCGUGGUGUUAACGGGGGAGGCCCAAGGAACGCUCACCCUGACGCAGAGCAACCCUCCUGUAGGAGCCACAGUCAUUGAGGGCGUCAUCUCCAACCUUACCCCGGGAUAUCAUGGAUUCCACAUUCAUCAGCUCGGUGACCUGACCGGAGGCUGCAAGUCGGCCGGAGGACAUUACAAUCCGUAUAUGCGCCCCCACGGCUCCCCCGAGCACUCUCAGAGGCACGUCGGUGACCUCGGCAACAUCCUGGCAGACGCGUCCGGCCGGGCAGAGGUCAACAUUACUGACCCCCUGGUGACCUUAGUGGGACCUCGUACGGUGCUGGGUCGUGCAGUCGUUGUCCACGCGGGCGAGGACGACCUUGGCCGCGGUGGCAACGAUGAGAGCUUGAAGACUGGCAACGCUGGCGGUCGGGUGGCCUGUGGAGUCAUAGGUCACGCAUGAGGGAUGUCAAAGUUCAGUUAUGACGGUGAAUGUUUCUUUUAUUAUUUUUAUAUGUUUUUUUCCGUACAGUAUGUAAUAAGACAUUGC